AUGAGCGACUCCGAGUCUUCUGCGCUUUCCUCGCCCCCAGGCAGCGAUGAUGAGCUAUCACCAGUGCCAGACAUGAUGCCCGACCCCCCAGCAUCCAAAGCUGCCCGCCGUGAUACCUCCAUGUCACCUCCGCCCGACUCGACGCCCAAGAGGAAGCGGCCAGCGUCGCCGCCGCAUGAAGAGGUGCUAGCAGACAACCCAGACAUUGCCUUCAUCGUUAUGUUCCGGUCGCGCUUCGGCGAAGCCUUUCCUCCCAAGCUCAUUCACUACGGACCCCAAGACAUAGAGAGAGGAGUUGCCGAUGCUCUGCCCACACCGCAAAUCGAGAGCUUGCUGUGUGCGCUGCUUGGGUUGGCUCUCAACCGCAAGAAAUACGUCGAGAGGGGUCACUAUGGACGAGCGCUCGAGGAAGCCAUAUCUGCCCACAAAAGCCAAUGGCCGCGGGCCUGGGCAGGCGUCAAUCCCAUCUCCGGCGGACGGUCUUUCAACACGAUGACACCGCAAGAAAGGCUUACCCUCCUCAAGACCCUGAUCAUCUGGAGCCUUCACGGUUCGGAGACCAUCCUUAACAUAAUCAAGGAAUCCUACAAGCAGUCGCGCAAAGAGGACGACAUCAAUCAGCCUCUCUCCGUACAACCCUGGGGCCGCGAUGGUGACAAGAGGCGAUACUGGCUGGUUGAGGGGAGGGACGACACCAACUUCAGGCUGUACCGCGAGAGCAAUCCCGCGUUGAAGCACAACACCUGGCGCAGUGUCGCAGGCACCAUCGACGAGCUGAAGGCCGUUGCCGAGAGGCUGAAUGAAGAUGGCGCCCAAGCAUCGCGCAGGUUGGCCGAGAUGAUAAUGAGGGCUGUCCCCCGUUUCGAAGCUACGGAAGAGAAACGUAAACGUCGCGAAUACCGUCAAGUUCGCAAGUCUCAGUUCGCUCGUGCCGAGCCCGGCUUCUCCCUCUACGAGGGUCGGACUAGAGGCAAGCGAAUGAAGUACACGUUCUCUGAUGAGGAAGAUGAGGCAUCGGAUGCCACCUCGACUCGCCGAUCUACACGUCAGUCAGGCACAGGGACCCCGGCUGAUCUGUCACGGCCGACCGUCACAGCAAGCGGUCGACAGAUCAGGUCCCGAGUGGGAGGCACAUACGGCGAGUCACUCUUGAGCGGACAGGCAACCACAGACCGGCAGUCGCCCGCUACUGGAGACUAUGCACAUUCGGAAGCCUCCGAAGAAGUCCGGCCGCAUCAUGGGCGUUCAACCCGCUCUGGUGGAACGAAGCUAGCAGUCAAUGGGCGGGGGAGGAGCCGGAGAAACAUUGAUACCUACAACUCCCUCGAUGAGAUGGAUGAUGAGGACGAUGCUGCUUCUACUGGUAAUGAGUGGAACAGCGAGGACAACGCUGAAGAUGCUGAUGACGGUGGAGACGAUGAGGGAGACGAGGAUAUGGAUGACGAAGCGGGGGAGGAGGAAAGGCCCCAGUCCAGCCUAGUCGUCCGUCUACGCUAUCGGAAGUCUCCAGCAGCAAUCAAGCUCUCAUCUCCAGAUCCGCCGAGCGAUCGUCAUGCUGAGGAGGCUUCUUCCAAGCCUCCGCCAACCAUUGCCGCAGCCCAGGCCCCCAUCAAUGGACAUUCUUCCGACAUGCUGCCAGCCCAUACUUCGACACAUGGCCCUCCGAACGGCACGAUAGAUCGCUAUCUAUCCAAGCCCCAACAGCCACCGACUCACAGUCCGUUCUUCUCCGCCCAAACGGCCGUUACUCAAGCUACUGCCUCCAGUGUCGCUUCAGUGACACAGCCUUUUCAAGGCGCUCCAGCGCACGCUCUGAAGCACGGCUCGUCGCUCAACGGUCUCCAGCCUGGCAUGCCGCCCGCCCUCGGGACUCAGUACGCGCAGCCGGCAUACGGCCAGCCGUGA